UUAUUUUUUUUUUUUUUUAUCAACAUCCCAUAUAUAAGUGGGUACUUGUAUUCCGCUUAGGUAUCAUCUUGUAGAGUUCCGGAGGCAGUGCGAGAGCUCACGAUAUACAUAUUAUCAUCGAGUUGCAGAGCUCAAAUUUUACCAGCUAUACACUGUACCACAGAUUGAGAUAAAACCAAGCGGUGGAUGCAUAUAGCCGGUCACACUCUUAGGAUAUGAUGGACGAGGAGAGCCACCGGGAAGAUAACAGUGGCAGGACGCUCGUCGACGGGGAUGGAUUCUUUUGGCAAGACUAUCUCGAGGCGAAGAAUACCGUGGAGGUCCCGCAAAUUUCUUUCCAGCAUGUGGAGGACACGUUGCAAAACGGCAUCGAGAUUGGCAUGUCUCUGGAGGUUCCUGUGCAAAAAAGUGACAAGGGCGAACCUGCCUAUUGGGUCGCCUCGAUCGUCAUGGCGUGCGGUCCUCUCUUGAGACUCAAUUACUUUGGUGCCACGGACAAGUCUUUGGAAUUUUGGUUCAAUUUGACCAAGGAAACUGCACAUGAACUUGGCUGGUGCUCCAAAAAUGGCCAUCAAUUGAGACCACCGAGUGUCGUUGAGGAAAAGUCUCCAGACUGCUCUGAAAAGUUACAGAAAUUUUUGGCCACAGCUAAAUCCAUACCGUUUGAAAUGCUGUCUGGGGAUGGACUUAGUUUGGUCGACAGAAUAAAGUCAGGAAUAAAGGUUGAAGUCAGUGAUAUUCGUCAUCCGUACAAAUUAUGGGCUGCUACAAUUAAAGAUAAUGUUGGUGGGCGCCUACGACUAAAAUAUGAUACUCCAGGUUCAUCGACAAAACAGUUUUGGAUGUUUUGCACCUCAGAGCAUUUGCACAAUUAUGGAUUCGUGUCAAAGACUGAUUCCAAUUGGUUUGUAGAACCACCUAGUUCAAUUGUAGAUAUGCACUCUUACGAAGAGUGGAAAGAGCUCACGGAAAACAAUGGCUCCAAAGACCUUAAAGUACCUGAUAACUUAUUCAACAAUAGUGUUGAUCAUCAAAAGCAUGCUUUUAAGUUGCACAUGAAGUUGGAAGCUGUCCUACCUUCUGAUAGGACAAAAAUUUUCCCAGCCUCAGUUAUCAAAGUAUUUGAUGACACUUACUUUUUAGUUCAAAUUGAUGUAUAUAAAAAAAAUUUAGAUGAAAAUUCUGAUGAAAAUGCUGUACGUAAUAACACUGAAAAGAAUACUUGGCUCUGUACCGCCGAACAUCCAUACAUCUUUCCAGUUGGUUGGUCCAAAAAACGUAAUAUUAGCAUGUCAUCUCCUCCAAAUUGGAUCCCACAAUCAGGAAAAUUCGAUUGGGAUGAAUACCUAAAAGCAACAAACGCAGUUGCUGCUGACGACAGUUUAUUCUCUCCUCAAGAAAGUGCUUCGGACGCUGGAUUCGAAUGUGGUAUGAUGCUGGAAGCCGUCGAUCCAAAGGACGAAAACGCGAUCUGUGCUGCACAUAUCACAAAAAUCUUAGAUAAUUUACUAUGGUUGAAACUUGACAGUUCCGACAAAGAUCGUCCUGAGCACAUAGUACACAUGCGUUCCUUGCAAAUUUUCCCAGUUGGAUGGUGCGAGUCAAAUCACUAUCCACUAAAACCACCAAAAGAUUACAUAGAACUUUGCAAAAAGACUGAAGUGGCACCUGUGAAAAAGCACUCUACUUUAGAGUUUCCACUUACGGAGCAUCGGUCGUCUUUGUGGUGUCCUAAAAUUUACUUCAAUUAUCGAUGUUCCACUGGGCCAAUGAUUUCAAAGAGACACCUGGCUACUCUCCCAAAGUCCGUCGGUCCUGGGCCAGUGGUUUUAGUUAUGAGAGAAGUUUUAUCGAUGAUUGUUUCCGUUGGCUACAGGAGCGCUAGAAUCUUAAAAGUAUUACAAUGCGACACAAAACCAGAGCCAGGCUACAAUUUAGAAGUAUUAAAAGCAAAGCACAAAAAUAAUACGUACAGAGCAAACGUUGCCAUUAUAACGUCUGGCGAUACGGUGACCGAAUUUUGCCGGAAUAUUUGCAAAAAGUUGCAGGUUUGUCCAAACCUGUUUGGACCUCUGUGUGUUCGAGAAAACGAGUGCCCAGACAAAUGCUAUAAAAGCACGAAAAACAAAUUCAUUUCAACGGCAUUUGGAAACAACAAGCGAGGCAAGCCCAAAGGCUACACAAGUAUUUUGGUGGAGAAGCAAAAACCCUGGGGAAAGAGAAAGCGAAGAAGAGGCAGAUGGGCCAACCGCGACAAAGAGUUACUCAACAAAGAGCUGGAGAAGGAGGACGAAAUACCUUUUCUCUCCAUGGACUUGACAAAUCGCAUCUCCGAUACUCAUCAAGAUACGUACGAAUCGAAGAACAAUAUCUCUGACACCGAGUUGAUGGAAAAGAGUUUGGACAAAUUGGACCGUGUUGACGACAUAAAACAAGAAAUACCAUCUAGCAACGUGUCGGAGGACUCGCGGAGUAGUUUUAACGAUAGGAAAAGUAAGGACAGCAACGACAGUCCGAGUAGCUCGGGUGGAGGCAAGGUACAGCCGAUAAAGGCCAAUAAAAACGCGACGAUCACCAGAGCGAAAAAACGAGAAAGAGGCUGGGAUUCGAGUGUAGAGACCGAUGGCUCGGAUGCCGAGGAGGAAGAAUUUUUACAACUGCAAAAGAAGCAGAGACGACCCAAGACCAGAAAACUAGAAUCGAAUCCUCUUUUCUGGUCCGUUGACGAUGUUUUCCGUUAUCUUCGUAAAACGACUGACUGCAAAGAGUUGGCGCAUCGUGUUCGGCAAGAGGAAAUUGACGGAUUUGCAUUUCUCUUGCUGAAUAUGCCAUCUCUUGUUGCGCAUAUGAAACUAAAAAUCGGUUCAGCAAUGAAACUAUGCCGGCACAUCGAGCAAGUAAAAGUGACGUACUUUUUACGACACAUGAAAGAAGAAGAACCCGAUAAUUAUCGCGUAAUGUAAUUUUCCGGAUCAUUCGAGUCGUGCAUUAAUGAUUCGUCGCGGUGAAAUGUAUUAUAUUGUAUUUUUAACGUUUUCUUAGGAAUUGAGGGAAACCUGCGCUGUACAUAUCAAGUUUGUAAUUUCUUUUUCAUUUAAUGCCUGUAAUUUAUACUAGUAGUAAAAAGUCAUAUCCCAUCGACACUUCUUGCUGUAGUUUUAUCAUGAUUGCCGAAUGUGCUAAGCGUGUAAUUUCACGCCAUUAAAUUUGAAACACUGUCUUGUAUUUUCAUUAGUGAUUAUAACAAUUUACACACGUAUUUUUUGUAAAAAAAAAAAAAAAAAAAAAAG